CGGUACCCCGUCAAAUAUCAAUCAUCAUUCAUCUUUAAAAGAUUUUUUCUGUCGGAUCCUUUAAGAAAUAUGUCGAAAAACAAAUUAAACUUGACUCUUCCUCCUGGCGUGGCUGACAAUCAACAGCCUGUGUCACCAUCUGCACCAUUAUCGGCAGCAUCGGACGCAGGAUGCGACAAGUUAAGUGUAGCAAGUUUACAAGAACAGUUAGACCGAGUUGGAAUGGACGACGAACAACGAAAGCGAAUGGAAUUAUUUUUAUGUCAAAAAGAAAAGAUUGGGGGUGAACUUAGUGAUGCAGACUUUGAGAAAAUGAAAGAUGGUGAACUAGGUGCUGGAAAUGGUGGAGUGGUCAUGAAAGUCAAACAUAAGUCUAGUGGACUCAUUAUGGCUAGAAAACUCAUACACUUAGAAGUAAAGCCUGCAAUAAAAAAACAAAUUAUUCGGGAACUUAAAAUUUUACACGAGUGUAACCAUGCACAUAUAGUUGGUUUUUAUGGAGCUUUUUACAGUGAUGGUGAAAUUAGUAUUUGUAUGGAAUACAUGGACGGCGGUUCCCUUGAUCUCAUAUUGCAAAAAACUCGAAUACCUGAGCCAAUGCUUGGAACUAUAACUGCUGCUGUUGUUAAAGGUUUGAUUUAUCUACGAGAACAACAUUCAAUUAUUCAUCGAGAUGUCAAACCCAGUAACAUUUUGGUAAAUAGUGCAGGAGAAAUUAAAAUAUGUGAUUUUGGUGUAUCUGGUCAAUUGAUAGACUCUAUGGCUAACUCAUUUGUUGGUACUAGAUCAUAUAUGUCUCCUGAACGACUACAAGGUACACAAUAUACAUUACAAAGUGAUAUAUGGUCCUUGGGAUUAUCUUUGGUUGAAAUGGCCAUUGGAAUGUAUCCUAUACCUGCACCCGAUGCUAAAACUCUAGCGUCAAUAUUUGGACCUAGAUCUCAGACGACUGAAGCAAUAGAAAACAUUGAAGGUGAUGUUUUCGCAAAUGGAAAUGGACCCAGGCCAAUGGCCAUAUUCGAACUCCUUGAUUACAUUGUUAAUGAACCACCUCCAACAUUACCAGCCGGUAUAUUUUCUGAUGCCUUCAAAGAUUUUGUAGAUAGAUGCUUAAAAAAAAAUCCUAAUGAAAGAGGAGAUUUCAAAAUGCUUAUGGAUCAUCAGUGGAUAAAGAAAGCAGAAAGCGAACCAGUUGAUAUCGCUGGAUGGGUUUGUAAGAUAAAAGGUUUAACUCCAACUACUCCUACCAGAAUGGCUUCAAAUUCAGCCUCAUGAGUCUGUUCACUGCUCCUAAUACAAAGGCUCACUGCUGUGGACUCCUAUUUAGACAGAAAUGUCUAGAAGUAUGUCCCUCCCAAGCUUAAUAUAAUAUAAUUGCUUUUGCCAAGAAAUUGUUUUGAUUGUGUUUAUGUAGCCUUUGAUAGGGUGGUAAUUAUAUACUAUAUAUUUAUUAAUUAGGAAAUUAAUUGUAAUUUUUUAAUAUAUUAGAGAUAAUUAUAAUUAAUAAUCCAAAGGGUGUGUUUUUUAUAAACUUUUCUACGUGUAUUAUGUGAUGAAAGCAUUAAUUUCUUUUUCCAUUGUUCAAUUUUAUUAGUUUGUUGUAUUUUUUAACUCUAUGGGCUACUUGCCUGCUUCUAUUCUCAGGCUAAGUUAGAUUAUUAUAAGCACAAUAUACAUUUUCGUCUUGGAGUUAACAAGUAUCAAGCUUGAAAUGUUAGUAAUAUAUAUAAUUAUUGAGCAAAUAAAUAUUUAAAUUUUAUUUAAUCAAGUUAAUUUUUUUCAAUUAAUA